AUGGUUACAGUGAGAUCACGACGUAAUGCGGAAGUAGAAAAGCCCGACGUUGUUGCUGACUAUAAUACAUGCAAAGCAUUUAUCGAUUUAUCGGAUCAGAUCAAAUCAUAUUCCUCAGCUUUGAGAAAAGGGAUAAAAUGGUAUAGAAAAAUUGCCGUGGAAUUGAUUCUAGGAUCGGCCAUGGUAAAUGCAUAUAUCCUGUUCAAAGCAGUAACUGGACAAAAAAUGACUAUAACAACAUUCAGAGAAGAAGUUGCUUCAUGCCUUCUAAAUUUCCCACAAGAACACCAGAACGAGCAAGAAGAUACGCAAGCAAAUCAAAUAAAACAUAUUUUAGAAGAUGUCAACACUUCUAAUAGGCGAAGAUGUUGCAUUUGCUACUGUAAAAUAUCAAAAGAAAAGGGAAGAACCGUGGCAGCCAAAACCACUGCACAAACUAGAUGGAAAUACCGUAAAGACAAAGAUGGAAUCUACCGCUUGCAAACGGUUCGAUACGAGAGUCUUGAAGUCACUGAAGAGAUGAUUAGGAGUGAGUCGAUGCAAAAAAGUGAUGGCGCGUCGCUUGGUUCUGAUGAUAAGAAGGAUUACUGUAUAUCUGUCUCGUGCAGUAACGAAGCCUUCGCGUCAGGCGAAGAUAUUAUAAUUAUGAUCACGGAUGUUGACGAACAAGGAAAUAUUAUUCAGACGAAGAUGGUGGAAUCUGGUACCGUUGUAGAGGAAAAAAUCCUGCUGAAAAGUCCGGUGGUUGGGCUUCAAAUUUGGACGAAUCGGAUGAUGAGCCACCGACCUGAUCCAGAUGGAUUAACUAAUCUGAGAAAUGUCUAUCACUGUUUGUUUCUGUGUUCAAUUGAUUAUAUCUUCGUUUGUUACAUACAUGAUUUAAUACAUAUUUCUAUUGAAGAUAGUUGUGAUUUUUUCAAAUAG